AAUACGCCACUGUAAAUUGAAGAUAGUGGGAGAGCCAUUACCAUUACCAUAUUAUAUAAACCUUGUUUUUCGACAUACUCGUUUACUCGUUGUGUUAUUAUAUGAUUGUAUCACCUUGACUCCUUAGUCUCUUUUCCUAAGGAGUAUUUAGACGACUUACGACGUUUAAAGUGGAUCAGUUGUUGUGGAAACAAGAAGCCGAACUGUAGCAAAAUGUUCAAAAUCGCUCUAUGUGCCGCCAUCUUGGCGAUAGCCUAUGCCGAGGAUGGUAUCGUCUAUCUAAUGGAUCCUACUGGAAAGAGCGGAGUCACUGGCACCGUUAGAUUCUUAAAACUACCAAGUGGCAUUAAUGUCAUAGGUGACAUCCGCGGCCUGACACCAGGAAAACACGGAUUCCACAUUCACCAAGAAGGCAAUAUCCAACCUAGUUGUUUAGCUGCUGGUGGCCAUUUCAACCCAUUCAACAAACAACACGGUGGUCCAGAAGACUCCGACCGCCAUGUUGGAGAUCUUGGAAACAUUGAAGCUGACCAAAAUGGUGUUGCAGUUUUCGAUUUCCUCGAUACCAAGAUCUCUUUUGAUGGAAUGACCAGCAUUCUUGGUAGAUCCGCCGUCGUCCACGAAAAAGUAGAUGAUUUAGGAAAAGGAGGACAUCCAGAUUCGCUAAAAACUGGAAAUGCUGGAGGAAGACUGGCAUGCGGUGUAGUUGGUGUUGUAACCACUCAAGUAGAUAGCUUUUACACCGUGGCAUUACUAUCGCUUGCACUUGAUAAGAAUUGGGUAUGUUGUUGCGUGUCAACAGUGUUUUUUAUUCUCUCAACCAGGGUGGUUGUUAGUUUGUCCAAUUUAUUAGUGAACAAUUGUAGCAAAAUGAUCAAAAACGCUCUAUUUGCCGCCAUCUUGGCGAUAGCCUAUGCCAAGCAGUUAGGCAUCGUCUAUCUAUUUGAUCCUAUGAAGAAGACUGGAGUCACUGGUGACGUUAGGUUCGAACAGAAAGAAGAUGGCAUUUUAGUCGCAGGCUUGAUCAAAGGAUUGAGACCAUAUAAUAGACACGGACUCCACGUCCAUCAAGAAGGCAAUAUCAGUCCUAGUUGUUUAUCUGCUGGCGGCCAUUUCAAUCCAACCAACAACUCCCAUGGAGGUCCGGAGGAUGAAGAACGUCACACUGGAGAUUUCGGAAACAUAAAAGCUGAUGUUUAUGGAUUUGGCCAGGUCUAUUUUAUCGAUAAGCGGAUUACUUUUCAAGGAAAUACCAGCAUUAUCGGUAGAUCCCUCGUCGUUCACACAUCAGAGGACAAUUUAGGACAUAAAACUCAUACCGAUUCCAAGAUUACUGGAAACGCCGGAGGUAGACUUGCUUGCGGUGUAAUCGGCAUAUGGAACAAUUAAUUAAUAUUAUUUAUCUCUCUCUCUCUCUCUCUCUCUCUCUCUCUCUCUCUCUCUCUCUCUCUCUCUCUCUCUCUCUCUCUCUCUUUCUGUUUCUCUCUUUCACUCUUGCUCUCUCUCUCUUUCUCUAUCUCUCUUUCUCCCUUUCUCUUGAUCUCCCUCACACUAUGAUAUGCCACGUGUAUAAUGUUUUAUUUAAUUAAAGAUUUAGUAUGCUGGGAA